CCUUCUUUCGCUUCCUUGGGCCCUGGAGCUAUUUUACCUCUCUUUUUUUUGGCCUGACUGAUUGACGUGGGCAGUCCGUGCGGUUAGUCCAGCCGAGGCUGAGGGAAGGAGCGGGCGCUCCACUUCUUCCCCCGGGCUUUCUCUCGGCUCCCAUUGACAGAGAUGACGGGGGUCGUUCUGCUGGUGGUGGCCACGGGGCUGGCCCUCCUGGUGGCCUUCCUGCUGCUCCUCUGCCUGGUGGCGCCGCUGACCGGCCCCAAACCGCUGUCGUUGUCCGGCGCUCACGUCGUGGUGACGGGUGGCUCCAGUGGCAUUGGAAAAAGCAUCGCUAUUGAAUGCUUCAAACAAGGCGCUUUUAUAACAAUAAUUGCAAGAAAUGAGAACCGGCUGAUGAAGGCCAAGCAAGAAAUUGAAAAGUUCUCUGUUAAUGAUAAACAGGUUGUGCACACUGUCUCUGUUGAUGUCUCCAAAGACUGUACAUAUGUAGAGAAAGUCCUAAAACAAGCUCAAGAGAAGUUGGGUCCAGUUGACAUGCUUGUAAACUGUGCUGGAACGUCAGUAAAUGCAAAAUUUGAAGAGCUUGACGCAGGUAGAUUUGAGCAAUUGAUGGCUGUCAACUACCUGGGCAGUGUUUACCCAACUCGGGCAGUAAUUACUACCAUGAAGGAACGCCGAUUGGGAAGGAUUGUCUUUGUGUCAUCCCAGGCUGGGCAAGUUGGAUUGUUUGGUUAUACAGCUUAUUCUGCAACCAAGUUUGCUCUUCGAGGGUUAGCAGAAGCUUUGCAAAUGGAGGUGAAGCCCUAUAAUAUCUACAUAACAGUUGCCUAUCCUCCAGAUACAGAUACACCUGGUUUUCAAGAGGAGACUCGGCAUAAGCUUUUAGAGACUAAGAUGAUUUCAGAAGCAUCAUCAAUCUGCCAGCCUGACCAUGUUGCCAGAAUUAUUGUUAAAGAUGCCACUCAAGGAAAAUUCUCCAGUGCUAUCGGUGUAGAUGGUCACCUGUUGGCAAUUCUGACCAGUGGAAUGUCACCAGCCUUUUCUAUUGCUGACGCCUUUGCAGGAAUUAUUUGCAUGGGUCUUUUUCGCUUCAUUGGCCUGUACUUUCUAACAAGUUUUAACAGCAUAGUUCUCCGUUGCAUGGUACAAAAAGAGAAAUCUGGAAAAAAGGACUAAAGUGGAAUGAGCCUGAAUUCAAUUAUUUUAUCAAGUUGGACAUUUUGCUGCUAAAUGGAACUGUACCUGUGGCCUAUAUGCCUCAUUUAAAUAUAUUAUAUAUGGGGAAAGAGGUGCUGAUCUUCGGUGGUGAAAGAAGGAAACAAAUGAGCAACUCCAGAAAAAGAGCCUAUGCAAAAGGGUCAAUGAAGAAGACUGCAGUGUUUUUAUUCUCUUCUGUGAUUUGAAGUAAUAAGCGGAGUGUUACCUUAGAAAUUAGUUUGUUGGAAGAGCAGAACUUCAGAGAGUCCUAUUUGCUGCUAAUUCUGGACCAAUACUAAUGGUGGUUAAAAGUUUGAUUUAGUGAUGUAAUUUAGGGGCUGGUUCAAACAUGCAUUCUGUGAUGUAGUUCUCCUACACAACUGUGCUGCUCAGAACUAAUACUGACAGCCCAGUCCAUACAUAAAUCUGGCAUUAUUUUUCCUGUGAGGGAUCUGAAUCAUGUGAACAUGGCUCUGCAGUGUUGACAAUGUGUGAGGUAGUUCUGAAGGUUGCAACAAAUCUAGUUACAACCAAAAAACUAACCAGAAAUGAAGUAUUUUACCUCUGGAAUAAUACGUGGACUGGGCCAAAGUCUUGUUUUGUUUUGUUUUUGUGGUUGUAUACUGGAGUGCAGUAUGUGGCUUUGAUUCUAGAAUUCCCUUUAAACAACCCUCUCCUUGCAAUAUGAUAGGGUUGCUUGCAUGAGAGGACUGUAUCAGGUUCGAAAAUGAACAUCUGAAUUUGCCCGUACAAUAGUUCCCUUGGAGACUAAUGUUGAUUUUUCUCUUACCAGGACUUCAGGAUUUAGACAGACACAAUAUUUUAGCUAAUCUUUCCUAUUCCUAAAACACAGGAGUGCACAGAGAGCUUUACAAAGUCUUCCCUGUGUUGUAUUAAGAACAAUGUUAAAUUUGAAAAAUCAGUGACAUUAUUUUUCUAUAUGAUCCACAUUUCUUCGGGUGGAGACAAUGAAAUAUCCUUUUAAUAGUUGUAUAUCUUCAGCAAAAUGAAUCCCUUGCUGUGAUACUAGAAAAUGUCCCCCCCCCCGAUUGACCAAGUACACCUUUAUAUUUGCAGAUAAACCAAUAUGAAUGAAAUUGCUAGAAUACUUGUUUUUUUUCUCUGUAAGUUGAGUUCAUGUUUAUGACUGCCAGUGGAGUUGAAAGACAGGAGGCUCUCUACCAAGCAGAAAUGGAAGUAAGCAAAUAAGGUGCUUCAAAUAAUUAAAUAUAACAUAGGGAAGUGCUUACAUUCCUCCUCUGGUGGUGCCAGACUGUUGAUACUGUUCUGAAAUUGUAACCCUAGCACGUCAGUCUUGUUACAACAUAGAAUUUGGGCUUACGAAAAGCGUCUCAGUAGCGUUAGGGAAUUAAAUGAUCGUGAGUGGGCCGGUUCCCACUGGUUACAGAUUUUAUGGAAUUUCAGUGUUCAUCUGGUUGUUUACAAACAGUUAUUGCUAUCCACCAUCAUUAUCCAAGUGCCUAACAUGACUGUCUGGCAAGAGUCUCAACAAGCCAGCUUGUUAGGUGGGGGAAAUGGUUUCUAAGAGUGACAGGCUCUCCGCUGCCAAAAUGCAGUGGAUUGAGAGAAAAAAGUUGGGAAGAGGGGAUUCUUUGUGGAGCCAGAUUUAGCCAGCUGUAGUUCAAAUCUGGGACUAGUCUUCCAGAUUGUAAUCAGUUUCUAAUUCCUGAUGUUUAAGGUUUAUUUUUUGCCUGUUGCACAGGAGUACAGGUGUUGCUUCUAAAUGCUGGGCCUGGAAACGCGGACUCUAAACAGAAAUAACUGAGUCAUCUGGCAUUGGGGUGUGUAUGAGAAAACUAGUUAGAAGAAAUAUAUAAUAAUGUAAUGAUGAUCUUUGGUGAGGUUUAUUGAAGUACCUUAACCUUGACCCUCUAAGUUUCUUUCCAAUUCCAGUUAGCAGCUAGUUGAAAGUGGUUUGAUACUCUCUGGCAGUGAAACAUGACACCAGAAGAGGUUUCUGUUGCUUCUGUGUGUAAUCUUUUUUUUUAAAGGAGAACUUGCUGUAUUGAAUCCCACCAUUAGAGUUGGUGCAGUAGUAGAAAAUCUUUCAGGCUGCUUAACAUUCCAUUGAAACCUUGGAUUCUAGGUAUUUUAGAUGCCAAAUAACUGAACAGCUCAAGAAGAAUAAAUUAUUGUGCAUCUGUUUAAAGACAUGUUUAACCCUCCUAUUGAAAUCAUCAGGGCUUUGCUGUGUUCAUCUGUGAAUGGAUUAUGCCCUGUGUUUCUGUACAGUUGAAUAGAAUUGUCUUGUCAUAUUGCCAGCCUUUGCUUCUUUAAUAAAUGCUAAACGUUCUAAUGCUCAUAUCCAGGCCAGAUGGGUUUAAUAAUAACUGAAGAAAAGGAAGUAAAUGGGUAAUUAGCCUGCAAUUGUAUACUGUACUGUGAAAAAAGUUAUGCACUUUUACUGUUAACAUGAAUAUGGUUAAAACCCAUAACUUGCUUCUGCUUGUUGCUUCACAAAGUGUUGUGCCAGAAUUAUAAUUUGUAAUAUUUUGUAAUUUCAUUAAAUAAAUGAAAUUUAUGUUUUA